UCCUCUUCCCCCCCCGUCAUCUCCCGAAAAAUCAACGAAAAAAAUUUAUCUCCUUCUGGAGAGUUUGCGCGAGAUAAAGAUCAAAACAUCGAAACUCUUCAUGAAUAAAUAAUGGAGUCAUGGUGAAUAUCAUCAGUGGAAGCUAUCUGUCACGCACCGGAAGUCCAUUUUUCACGGUGUAGAGAGAAAAUUUAUUCUGUCUCGUCUUGAGCGCUAUUUCCAUCGUUUAAUUUGUGCAAGUCAAUUAUUUGAAAAUAAAAUUGCAUUGAUACAAUGGCUACCGCUGUGCCUUCACGUUUUGCUGUUCUUGCUCUCGAUGAUGAUGAUCCGAAACCCAAGAGAAGCCAGAAAUCAGUGAGCAAUGGAAAGAGCGAGGCUAAGAGCAAAAAUGAUAAGCAAAAAGGCCAACCCCCGAGGCAGAAGAAAGAUGAUAAAAAUAAGAAGAGCAAAUCUAAGAAGAAGAGGGGUAACCUGGCGACACAGCAGUGGGAGCAGUGGAAGGAGAAGGAUACUAUGGCUAUAGAGGAAGCGUAUAAACAAGAACUUCACGAAGCUCUGAUCCUCUCUAAAUUGGCCUACGAGACGCAAACAGAAAAUGGAGUCAAGGAUCCAGAUGCAACAAAAAAAUCGGGGGGAAAGAAAUCCAAGAAAUCCACAAUGUCGCUUGAAGAAUUUAAUAAUAUGGGGAAUAACGAAACUACGGGGGCUAAUCACCAGGAUUCCAAGUCAUUCCCACACAAAAGUGAAUCAGACGCUGAAUUCUUUGAGAGAAUGGAUAAAGAGACUAAAGAAGAGAUGAUCAAGUGCAAAGAGAGAGACAUGUUGAAAAAAAGAUUGAACACUCUGGAUAAUGAUAUAACGUCUGCCCAGUUAAAAGUCGAGGUGGAGAAGAGAAAUGAACAGAUUUUGGAGCUCAAGGAUGAGGUGGUGACACUCAAAGCUGAAUUGUCUCAGGUCAAGGAGAGAAAUAAAAAACUUUAUCAGAUCCUAUCUCUCGGGGAGAUGAAAGAUAAAGCUACGGUUCUAGCCGAAGUUGCUAAGCUCCAGGAAAUUCGUGACGAAUUGACGUCAGAGGUGCAGUCCCUUCAUGCACAAUUGGAGCAAGAACGCUCGAAAACGAGAGUCACCAGUACUGAAGUCAAAUCUGCAAAGCAAGCAAAUAAGAAGAGACCAGCCAGUGAGAAUGCCUAAAAUCGAAUUCAUCAUCCAUCGGUCUUUACCAGAAGAAAAAGUCGCCCAAGCCAUGAGUAUUCAUUUUUUUAUUUACUCCGAAUUUUUUCGUUCGUUCGGUACUCGUAUUAUUAAUUCUCUCUUCCAUUCAAAGAAGUAUUUGAAGACACACUCCACAACAUGUGAUUUAAUUUUGUUAUUGCUUCCCCCGACGUACUAAUACGAUCCGCUGUGAGUCAUUAUAAUUAAUUGAUAAAUGAGUAGAAUUAGUGGAAUAAAUGAAGAUUUAGUUCGAGGAUUUUCAUCACUAUGUAACGCAGCUCUUUGGAUAUUUUGUAAUAAAUAUAUAUUCUAUGCAUUA